AGUUAUAUACUAACUAAAACUAAGUGUGAAACAGCGAUUUUUUCAGUUUGAAAGUUAUUUGCUUGCCAGAAUUAAGGAAGGUCAGAAUAUGAGGAUUCCCUAACGUAGCAAGUUAUUCAGUAGUGGAGUUUUGGAGACUGACCAAGCGAAUCGAUCGUCACAUGACGGGCACCUGCUGAACUGCCUUGAGUCGAGUGUCCCUGAUCAAGGUAAAGAAUCCGGCAGUCUCGAGACAGCGAAUUUCGUACAUGACAUGUAUUGCAAAAGACGCACUAAUUGAAGUGAAUUAAAGAAGGAUAUUUAACGGAAAACGUUGGUUCAAAGACUUCCUUCUGGUCAUUGAAAUACUGACGAGGGUACUAUACAUUGAGGCAUUACUUAAUUUAUAAGUCAUCCUUAAUCAGAUCUACUAGCAUGCAUGGUCAUGUGGUGUCGUGUUAUUCCUAGUCAGAAGAUUUCAUGACAACAUCAAUCCAAUGGAAACUGGAACCAUGUAAUCACAAAAUACUGAAAUUCUCCUGGUCCAUUUCAAGCUAUCGCAAUACAACCAAAAGCCAUGGCAUCACCAGGAUUUUUAUCUAAGUGCUGCAUAGCAGCCCAUGUUUCAAAUUCAACAGAACUAGAGGGAAGAAAAAUUGGUGAAGUUAUAAACAUUUUGUCCAUUGUGUUUUGUUCCAUCAGUCUGUCAAGUGUGCUAUUUCUUGUCUGGCCUCGGAAGGAGGGAAACUCGGAGGUGUUCCAGAGUAAAAACCGAAUCUUAGUUGGACCGAAUCUCAACAGCAUCAUCAAGAGUCUGGUGGCAGUGAAUGUGCUGGCAGUGAUAGGGUUGCUGGUAAGAUCUGCUGUUUGGUUAGAUCAUGCCUUUCCUGACACAAAGAAGAAAUGUAUGGAUGCCAACCAUUACUUCUGUCUCGUUAGCAAUAUGUGGAUCUUGUUUUUUUUCACCUGCAAUCAUUUUUGGCAUCUGGUUUAUGCAAUAGAAGCUUACAUGGUAUCCAAUAACAAAGAGCUGAACACCGGCCUUAAGGUCUUUGUUGGUUGGUUCAUCCCAAUCUUUCUGACAGCGUCUGCCGCUGUAGUGGUCUACUAUCAGGGCUUCAACUUAUGUUUUUCUCUGACUACUCCCAAGUCCUAUAUUGUGUACAUUCUGUUCCUGUGUCCUGUUGUCAUAGUAAUGCUGGCCAACCCAAUUAUUUUCUAUCAAGCUGGAAAGUCAGCUAAACGCGCACUGAUCUGGCACUAUGGUCGUUACACAUCGUCGGAGAGGAAGCUUGUGGACGCGAUUCACACCAAAUUCUAUCUGAUCCUUGUAAUUUAUUUUUCGUGUUGGAUUCCGAAUCUCGUGAACGCUGGCCUUCUGUUGAGAUCUAAGUCGGCCGCUUCAUCAUUUAUUCCUGAUGACAACAGUAUACUGGCCUUCUUUAUACUCAUGGCAGUGUCCAACCCUCUACAGGCAGUCCUAGCCGCCCUGGUCUUCUGGGGACUCCCGAACACCAAUCAACUUCGUCUGAACAUUUUCAGCCAAUCGGAAGUCGGAUAUGGUAGUUCCAGUGGAAGCAGCAUCAUCAACCGUUCCGGCCUGUCGGCUCACUCUGGACUGAGCACAGGCAGCGAGUCGGAACCUCUGAUAAGCUACCGACAGAAAACCAUGUUUUAGAAAGCAUUUCUUUUUGUGUGUAAUAUCGAAUCAUUUGUUACCAUUAUGAUAAAACAAAUGGUCCAUGAGGGAAUGUUUCUUAAAACCAUGACGGAUAUGUACAACAGUUUUUUAAAACCAUGACGGAUAUGUACAAUAGCAGUUUCUUUUCCAUGCCAAGUCAAUCCUCUAAAAUUCCUGGACUGUUACCACGGAAAUAGUUUUCCAAGGAGUCAAUAUUGCAUGACUAAUAUGUGAUGAAAAUCGACAUUGCUUGAUCAUUGGGUAUAAGUGUAGUGGGUCUCAUUGUUGACAACUGUAAGAGAGUUGCUGAUAGUCACAAGGACGUUAGUAUGACUUGGUGAUGCUGCUGGCAACCAAAUAAACAUUUCAAUUGAUACAUGUAUUACAGCUAGCUGUACACUAUGGUACAUUGUGAUGAAGUUAUAUGACAGAUUCAGUCACCUGUGGACCAGUGAUGGUCUUGUCAUUCUUUCUCUCAGACAUUGAUCUGCCUGGACCUCAAGUAGUCCACUGAAUCCACAACCCUCAAUUUUAUACAGCUCCAUGUGACAUUAUGAAUACUUAAAAUAUUUGUACAUGUACCUGCAUACUGCCAGCUUUGAGUUAUUUAUUGUAUAUCUUCAUUUUUCUGGCAUGUUGUAAAUUUUGUAAAAAUGAAGUUAAUCUUAUCUUCUUUGUUUGCUUGAGUCAAUUUUUAUGAAUAAAAUACAAAAAAAUUGUAUUACACAAUAUCCAACGUAAUUUCUGUUUGUUUGGGUUUUUAUACCACCGCUUCAAAGGAGUAGGGGGUAUACUGUUUUACCCUUGUGUGUCUGUCUGUCCUUCAGUCUGUCCAUCUGUAACAAAAAUUUCUGUCGCUUUUUUCUCAGAAACUAUUUAUCGCAGAUGCUUGAAAUUUUAACACAUUAUUUAUUUAGGCAUGCCAUUCGUCAUUCUUGGGAUAUAUUUUGUACCAAUUGGACGUCAACUUCCUGUUUAAUGACGACUUUGUUUAUUUUUAGCCUAUAUUUUCAAACAAAUUUUCGUCAAAGAUUUCUCAGCAACUAGCUAUUUAUCGCGGAUGCUUUAAAUUUUUUAAAACACACUAUUUGUUUAGGCAUGCCAUAUCGUGGGAUAUGUUUUUGUAACAAUCGGAUGCCAACUUCCUGUUAAACAUCGACUUUGCUUUUUUUGCAUAUUCACAUCAGAGUGGGGGUAUCACUAGUGAGCAUUGGCUCACAGAUAUCUUGUUUUUCUUUAUUUAAAAGUGAAUGUGAUUAUAGCAAAAAUUACCCGUAGAUUAUGAAAAACUAUUUUAAACAAAAAUGUAUGAUUUGUGUGUAGACUGUAUCGAUCAGUAGUUGACUAUUGUAAUAUGUCAGGAAAUCAUAUUAGCAAAAAAAAAGAACAUCAUAUAUACAUGUAUAUGACAUUCAAACAUACCAAGCUUUAUACUGUAAAAUAAUUCAUUUGACACAACUAUUAUGUCCUUUUAUAUUUAUAUAAAACUUAUGUAUAUACCUGUACAUUUUUUAAAAAAAGAGUCUUAUUAAAUCAUUGGAAAUCUA